CAGCAAACAAAGUCAUGUUUUCAUUUAGACAAAACAUGUAAGCUGUGGAUUCUUGCUUACAUUGACAAUCAGGCAGACAAGACUGGGAGGUCUCAAUAUUCAGCAGGAAACAAAAUAUGACACGGCAGCCCUCAGGAUAACUCCACUUACUGCACAUAUUUUCCGUCUGCAGCAGUUACUGAUUCUGAAUUGUUCAGAUUGUGUGACAUUAACGCGGCUGUCCUUGCUAUACACACUCUAAUAAGAGUUUGGUUUAAAGUUUAAAAACCUUACUCUCACAGAUCUAACAAAUAUAAUCCUCCCUAUGGGGUCAAAUGUGCUUUAAAAAAAGGUGAUUUAUGAAGUCUGUACAGUCUGUGAUAGCUCGGGCUGGUCUCCUGGUGCACUGAUUAUAUUUUUCACCCACCAACAUAAACACACACAGCUUUAGGGCAGGCAUGCAUGUGCCUGUCAACUGUGUAAGUGCCCAUCUCUUUGGUCUGUGUAUGCUGUUGUUUCCUGCUCCUCAGCUCCAUUCAUGACACUGUUUCUGUGUGACAACCCCCAACGCACUCUGAGAAACUUAAACAUGAGAUGAAUAGGUAGUUUGCUGAUUGAUUUUGUUGGAAACAAUAUGCUCUUGUACACAAAUAUGUAUUUGUCCUGCCAUCUGUCCAACAUUUUGCAUAGCCCGUCUCUUCCUUUAGUCCUGUUUUCUCCAUCUAUCUCAACUUCUUCCCUCCCUCCCCCGGUUGUAAAGGUCACUUGGAUCUCGUGUCUGUUGCUUAGACGUGACUCAGGAUUGGCGUUCAUGUGCUUUUAAUAACACACAUGGUCAUCUUUAUCUUUUGCUGUCUCACUCUCUGAGUUGGUCCCUGGUCUGAGCCCUUGAUCUGGUCGCUGGUUGCAUACAGCUGCUGCUCUCUGAAUCCCAAUUCACAAAUCAACAAACUAUUGAUAAUUGUUAACCCUCCUUCUACGUCAAAACAGGAAAGUCAGGCUCAUCUGUGCAAGUUGGGAUACAAAUUUGUUUUUGUGUGAAAUGGGUUAGAGGAGAAAUGACAGUGUGGGAACUUGCCCAACUUGCCAAGGUUCAGUUUAGGCAUGGCAGCACUGAGGAAUGCAUUUGUUCACUUCUAUCUUGAGACUGUUGUCAUCAGCCAAAUUCCAGCAUGGCCCUACACACUGAGUGUAACUUAGGGCAGCAGCAAUGUCUGGCUCCUAUGAUGACUCCAUGAUUGAUGUCUCCAGUGAUAGCUUCUGGGAGGUUGGUAGCUACAAGCGUACUGUGAAACGGGUAGACGAUGGCAAUCGGCUCUGUAAUGAUCUGAUGAACUGUCUCCAUGAGCGGGCCCGUAUUGAAAAGUCGUACGCACAGCAGCUCACAGAAUGGGGCAAGCGCUGGCGGCAACUCAUAGAGAAAGGUCCUCAGUAUGGUACAUUGGAGCGGGCAUGGUCUGCUCUGUGCACAGAGGCGGAGAAGGUGAGCGAGCUCCACAUGGAGGUGAAAGCAGCACUAAUGGGAGAAGACUACGAGAAGCUGAAGAACUGGCAGAGAGACUCCUACCACAAACAGAUGAUCGGCGGCUUUAAAGAGACUAAAGAGGCUGAGGAUGGCUUCCGCAAAGCUCAGAAACCUUGGGCCAAGAAACUCAAAGAGGUGGAGACGAUGAAGAAAUCUUAUCAUUCUGCCUGCAAAGAGGAGAAGCUUGCAGCCAGCAGGGAGACCAACAGCAAACUAGAGAGCAACAACGCCGAAGCCCAGAAGAAGCUCCAGGAAAAGGUGGAGAAGUGUCAGCAGGAGGCGCAGAAGACUAGGGAACGCUAUGAGAAAUCCCUUGAAGAGCUCGACAAAUUGACUCCUCAGUACAUGGAGAACAUGGAACAGGUGUUCGAGCAGUGGCAGCAGUUUGAAGACAAACGCAUCCGCUUUUUCCGAGAGCUUCUGCUGGAGGUCAAACAGCACAUUGACCUCUCAGCCAAUCACAGAUUCCAGACAAUCUACCACACGCUGGAAGACACGAUCUCUGCUACUGACGCUGAGGAGGACCUGAAAUGGUUCCGGUCCAAUCACGGCCCCGGCAUGCCAAUGAACUGGCCCCAGUUUGAGAAUUUGGACUGGUCCCAGCCUCGCUCCUUUAAGAGAAGGUCCAUUGUAGACUGGUCCAUAGACCUGAACCGAACCCUCAGCAGACGAGAAAAGAAGAAGCCGUCAGAGGGCGUCACACUGACCGGCAUCAGUCAAACUGGAUCAGACCAGCCAGUUCAGCCUGCCAAGAGCAGCAGCAGUCUGACUGUGCCUACUAAAACAGAGGCAGUGGGCUCAAACCCCUUUGAAGAUGACGACGAUGAGGAAGAAGAAGUGGCCAUGGAGCAGGAGACCACAGUCAACCACAUCAGUGUGAAUAAAGAGGAAAUAAAAACUGCAAGCACUAUGGAGAAGACUCCAGACUGGUCAGAUGAAGACACAGGUGGUAACCCAUUCUCCGCCAAUGGUGAUGGGAAUCCAUUUGAGGACGAGCCAGCUUCUCCAGUCGUAUCUGUGCCUGUCAGAGCGCUCUACGACUAUGAAGGACAAGAGCAGGAUGAGUUGAGCUUCAAAGCAGGGGAUGAAUUUACCAAAAUUGGCGAGGAAGAUGAUCAGGGUUGGUGCAAAGGCCGGCUCAAGGACGGACAAACAGGCCUCUAUCCUGCUAACUAUGUGGAAGUCAUUCAGUAAUGAAUUAUCACAGACGAAAUAAAUGUGAAGAAAGAAGAAAGUGGUUUGUGGAGAAAUUACAGCGCGACUGGAAAAAGAGAAGGCUCAGCCUUAUUUUCAACCCUUUUCUUGCUGGACUGGAGUGGGAGAAGGACAGAGAGGAGAGGUUGCAGAUCUUAAAAGAACCACUUGAGAUAUUGUUGCUUUGACCCUCAUAGAAACUAAGUACAAGUGGAUAUUAACCACAAGCUUCCAGAUGAUUCCAGACAAGGAAGAUCACAGAGAAAAAUUGCUGUCAGUGUAAAAUAUGUUACUUAGAAUCCCAUUUAUGCUGUUACAAAAAUAAUAGGUAUUCAAGUAUAUAUAUUAGAUAAGACUCAAUGAACUUUAUGUGUGAAUUUAUAUAUUGUUUAAACGAAACACUGGGAUGACAGUCUGACAAAUUGUCUUGCAAUGUUAGCCAUGCAGCCUUAGUAUGCAAGUCACUAUGGAUUCAUUAAGGGAGAUGACCCUUUUUAUAACCAUUACUAACCAUUUCUGCCUGUUAGAGUCCAGUCCAUAAAUGUUUAAUAAACACGUGAUCUUUUGGACAAACAAGCCCCUUAUAUUGAGAUUAUUUUUGUCAGAUUUAACUUGAUUUUAAACUUGUGCUUACAUUGUUCUGUCAUUCCUUUCAGGGUUUUGUUUUUCCAUGCAGUUCUUAAACUGUCCUGGGUAUUUUAUAAGGAAUGAUAAAGACCAGUAGAGCCUUAUCCUGGCAUGGUCUUCAUUUAGCUCACAGUGGGUAGGUUUCCUCUAGUCACUGCAAUUGAAUGUAUAUUCACUGAUUGUACUUGUCCACCUGUUGAUUGUUCACUUUUUGCUGUUGUUGGGAUUUUUUGCAACCACUUACCUAGUUACACCUUGAACUACUAUCCUCAAGCAUUUCACACAAAUAUCUCUCCUUUCUGUUGCCCGCUUUAAUACUAUAUGGGUUUUUUCAUGCAACACUGAAAAGAUUUUCACAAAAGUUUAUCUCACUUGAAUCUCCCGUGUUUUUAGUUCUCUCACUUCUUGUCAGAUAUAAAGUUAUGGGAGAAUAUUUUAAUGUUUGUAUUUUGAAAAUUUAAUACAAGUUAUAGCAAUAAAAUCAAAGCAUAGUAUGGUAUUGCAUACAUGCAUGUAAAUAGCCUGGAUUAAACAUAUAAGAACAAAGAAUAAAGAUCAGAUGAUAUGUAGUUGGAAAUUGAUGAUUUUUAAUUUAUGAUGCCACAAGUGCUUUUGUUCUACUCAUGUUAGAAUGCUGUGACCGAGAAUCAGUUUGUACAUUAAUUGAAUGUUUAAUGGAAAAAUAUCCCUUGAAUUUGUUAUUUUGUUAUAUUUGUAAAUAUGAUUCUUUUUCCCCUUCAUAGAAGGCCAUACUCGCUGAGUUAAUCGAUAAAUACUAUGUGAAUAAUUGUUGAUUUGUUAUUAGAAGCUAUGACACGAAUGGAUAUACCUGAUUUCAUAACCUUAAUACAUGUUUUGAUCAUCAAGUAUUUUGUCAGCUCGUAUUUUUGCAGAGCUCAACUGCAGGCUUUUCACUUGUGCAAGCUCUAAAUUCAUUAAUGGCCUAAUGUAUCAAUGAAAUCACUGAAAAAUGCUAUUUGAUGCCUUUAACUGCAGCACAAGAGGAAAACGACUUUUGUUCUUCAAUAAUAGUGAGAAAGGAGAUGUUUUGCCAUGUUUUCAGGGCAUGCUGUCGUCAAAACACAGCAACCGCUGUACUUGCACAGUAAGGUUUGUAAAUGUUGUCCCACAACAUAAUAAAUGAAUUUAUUGGAAAAAAUAUUUUAUAUUUGUAUUGAGUACUGAUAUUUCUUUUGUUUAACUCUUCUUUUUACUUGUCAAGACCUUUACUGGAUCUAAAAUGAGCUUAAAUUUGUGUAUGUGUGUGAGUGUGAGUGAAUAUCCUUAAAAGGUUUUGAUUAUUGCUAACUACAGUACUUAACGUCAGUAAUUCAGUUGUACAGUUCUCUUGGUUGCAGGGUGUUCUGUUGAAUUAAAUGUCGGUGUGGCAAAUCUAUACUACAGUUGUUUUAAAUUUCAGAUGGUUGAAUUUUCUGUAACGUCAUACUCUCUAUUCCACACAUUUUUAUCUGAUGGUUGUCAGUACCUUGCAGAUAAACAUUAGCAUAAAAAGCAUACAUGUUGAAGUUAAAAAAUAUUUUAUUUUGUUUUAUAUUUGCUCAAAAUUGAACACGUACAUAGAAAAGUAGUAGAGCGCCCGAUGUAACGGUUUAACAGUUUUUGAAGAGGGAUCAGUCAUGCACUCAUGAAUGAUCUCGUGCUUGUUCCAAUGUACUUUUAUUGUAUAAUUGUUUGUGUUAUGUAUGUAUUUUCUCGUUGAGUUUGAUGUAUUUUAAAGGUCCAUCUAGGGACGGGCAUUGCA